AUGGCUCAUCAGCCUCAGAAACGACGCUUGACCCUGAGGAGUGAUGUAGGCCAUGGAAAACACAAGUCGCAGAGAAGAUCUUCCGUUUCCUAUGAACGAUAUACAAUCGCCUGGAUCUGUGCACUGCCAAAGGAAAUGACCGCAGCUCGAGCUGUGUUGGACGAUGUCCAUGAACCCUUACCCAGGCAGAAGAAUGACACCAAUUCGUAUAUACUUGGCAACAUAGGCAGCCAUAAUAUUGCUAUCGCGUGUUUGCCAACCAAUGAGUAUGGAACGGAUAAUGCGGUAAACGUGUUGACCAAUCUUACCCGCACCUUCACAUCCAUUUAUCUUAGCCUCAUGGUUGGGAUUGGCGGCGGGGUCCCCAGUGAGGACUUAGACAUUCGUUUAGGCGAUAUAGUUGUUGGUACUCGCGUGGUGCAGCACGAUCUCGGGAAGAUCAUGGGAAGUGGGCAAAUCCAACAUACUGCAGUCCCGAGGACUUUGGCUCAACUCAUUGGCAAAGCCUUGUCGUGCUUACAAUCUGAGCAUCAACCGCAUAGCAGCCGAAUUCUCCUCAUAUUGAAAGAAAAGUUCAGAGCGUAUCCAGCCUACGCCCGUCCAACUACAGCAGAUCGUCUUUUCGCCUCAGUAUAUGAACACAUAUCUCAAGCAUCAAGCUGCGAUGAUUGCAGCCCUUCCGCACUGGUACGGAGAAGUGAGCGGAGCACAGAUAAUCCAUAUAUCUAUUAUGGUACCAUCGCCUCAGGCAACCAAGUUAUGAAAAACUCGACUGUCCGCGACAGGGUCGCCCAAGAACUCAAUAUCAUUUGUUUUGAGAUGGAAGCGGCUGGACUUAACGAUAUAUGUCCCUGUCUAUCAGUACGGGGAAUCUGUGAUUAUUCCGACUCUCAUAAGAGCAAGGAAUGGCAAGAAUAUGCUGCCGCCACCGCUGCCGCAUUUGCAAGAGAAUUCCUGGAAAAGCUGCCUCCUACAGAAGAAAUCUUUGCAAGCACACCGGAGAGUGUCCAAGAACAGGACGAUUGGCUUCGGAACGAAAAGUACAGCAAGCUUUUGCGCGAUCUGCGCGAAACUGACCCUCGUGAUGACAAGAGCCGUAUCGAAGAAAGAAAAGGUGGGCUGCUUGAGGGUGCGUACCGCUGGAUUCUUCAAAACGAGAAAUUCCAAGAAUGGUAUGACGCUUCACAGAGUCAGCUCCUCUGGAUCAAAGGUGACCCUGGCAAGGGUAAAACAAUGUUACUAUGUGGACUCAUCAAUGAGCUUCAGAAAGAACACCGCGGAUUCUUAUCUUACUUCUUUUGCCAAGCCACCGAAGCACGGCUAAGUAACGCGACAGCUGUUCUCCGUGGUCUGGUCUACCUUCUUCUUAUUCAACGCCCUUCGCUCAUUUCUCACAUCGAGGAGAAGUAUGAUCAUGGGGGCAAGCAGCUUUUUGAGGAUGGCAAUGCAUGGCAAGCUCUAUCCAAGAUCUUCACGACAAUGCUUGAGGAUCCAGUACUAGAUGGCGUGCUCCUGAUUGUUGAUGCUCUUGAUGAGUGUACAACGGACCAAGAGAAGCUUCUUGACUUGAUAAUCAAGUCUAAGAAUGUCAAGUGGAUCUUGACUAGUCGCAACUGGUUGGAAAUCGAACAGGUGCUAGAUCGUUCUACGCAGAAAGUCAGGCUACAUCUUGAGCUGAAUCAAGACUCAAUUUCUAAGGCCGUUGAAGCAUUCAUAGAAUGGAAAGUUGAGAAGUUGGCUACAGAAAAGAAGUACGACGCAAAGCUCAAAAGGGACGUGAUGAACUACUUAGUUGACAAUGCUGAUGGCACGUUCCUUUGGGCCGCUUUGGUUUGUCAAGAACUUUCAGAUGGCAAGGUACUCCGCAAAUGUCACACCCGCAAGAGGCUGGAGGCAUUCCCAAAGGGUCUUGACUCACUGUACAGAAGAAUGAUGGAAUACAUCUCUUCUUUAGAUGAUGAAGAGAUAUGUAGAGAGAUACUAGCUCUUGUGUCUGUCGUCUAUCGACCAGUGACCUUGACUGAGUUAGAAACUCUUCUAGGGUCACAGUACGAUGGUGGAGAUGGUGACCUACGAGAGGUCAUCGGUUGUUGUGGUUCUUUCCUGACAUUGAAGGGAGAUGCGAUCUAUUUCCUGCAUCAGUCGGCGAAAGACUUCUUGGUCAACAAGGCGUUAGACCAGAUUUCCCCUUCAGGCCUUGCCUACCAACAUGGACUUGUCUUCGAGAGGUCGUUGCAGGCACUAUCGGAGACUCUGAGACGUGAUAUCUGUCAGCUCGAUGAUCCAGGGUUCGACAUCGAUGACAUCUCACCGGAUGACCUUGAGCCAUUGGAUGUCAUUCGAUACUCUUGCGUUUAUUGGGUAGACCAUCUCCACGACUCGGAACCCACCAUACUCGAAGAUUCUCUGAGAAUCGACGGUGAUAUUCAUUUGUUCGUCGAGACAAUGUAUUUAUACUGGCUGGAAUCUCUCGGUCUGUUGGGUAGCAUAGUAGAAGGAGUCAAGGCAAUGUACAAGCUCGAGGCUCUGGCUGCUAGAUUCAGUGUGCCAGACUCAGUCACAAAGCUGCUUCAGGAUGCUCGCCGUUUUAUCCUCGCCCAUAAGCGAUCGAUCGAGAUCGCCCCAUUGCAAGCUUAUGCCUCAGCACUAGUCUUUAGUCCAGAGCGUAGCCUCAUUCGAGAGCGAUUCAAGCAUGAAGAGCCAGACUGGAUAGUUCUGAAGCCAAAGAUGGACGAGAACUGGGAUAAUUGCCUACAAAGCCUUGAGGGUCAUAUCCACUGGGUAACAUCAGUGGCUGUCUCACCAGAUAGCCAGCUUAUUGCAUCGGCCGGAAUCGACAAGACAGUUAAAAUAUGGGAUAUAACAACAGGCACGUUAGAGGGUCACGACGGAUUUGUGAACUCCGUGGCUUCUUCUCCAGACGGUCGGUAUCUGGCUUCGGGAUCUGAUGAUCAGACAAUUAAGAUCUGGAGUUCAAAAACUGGAAAAUGUCUAAAGAUUCUUAAGGGCCACUCUGGCUGGGUUACCUCAGUAGCCUUCUCGCCAAAUAACCAGCGCCUUGUAUCAGGAUCGUUUGAUAAGACAGUUAAGAUCUGGGAUAUGAAAUCAUUCUCAUGUCUACAGACACUACAGGCUCACAAUGGUGGAGUAAUAUCAGCAACCUUCUCGCCAGAUGAAAGCGGCACAGUCAUGCAGACUCUGAAGGGCUUCGAUGGUCCAGUAAGGUCUGUGGCCUUCACGGCUAAUGGGCAGCAUCUUCUAUCGAGCUCAGAGGAUGGUUUAGUCAAGAUCUGGGCUGUAUUAAUCGACUCAUCUACGCCAUCAGAUGGAGAGCAUUAUGAGAGCGUGCAAUCUAUCGCCAUUUCGCCAGAUGGCUUGCGAGUCGUAUCAGCAUCAGCUGAUGAGACUGUCAAGAUCUGGGAGGCCGAAACAGGAGCAUGCCUACAGAAACUUGAAGGCCAUUGCGGGGUAAUAAACUUUGUGACCUUUUCUGCGGAUAACAAACGCUUAGCGUCAUGUUCAGAUGAUUGCACAAUUAAGGUCUGGGAUACUGUUGUCGGUACAUGCCUCUAUACAUUUGAAGACGAUGGGAGGGUACACUCAGUGGCCUUCUCAGCGGAUGAUCGAUAUCUUGUAUCAGGCUCAAACAAAAACAGUGGAAGCACAGCCAAGAUCUGGGAUGUAGCAACGGGUGAAUGCUUGGAUUCAUUUGAGCAAAACCAUGGAGUAUCCUCGGUAGCCCUCUCAGCCGACAAUCUCGCAACCGGCUCAGACGACGCGACGAUUAGAAUUUGGACGAUCGGGGACCACAAAUUCAAAAUGCUACAUGGACAUACCGAAACAAUAUCAUCAGUAGCCUUCUCAGCGGAUUCCCAAUAUCUAGCAUCAGGCUCGUACGAUUACCAAGCCAGGGUCUGGGAUUUGGAAAAAUGCCUAUGUCUACACAUCAUAUACGUCGGUACAGCACUAUAUCGUCUAUCUUUCGAUUUACGGAUAAACUCCCUACUCUACACGGACAUCGGUGUUCUGAACUUGAAAGUACCAAACCCAACGCCUAGGGUUGAUGCAGAGUCACUUGGCAUAACUGCCUUACCAGAUUUUGAUGGGUCCGCUCACUGUAUUAAGAUUGAUGGAGAAUGGAUUGUGAAAAAUGGCGAAAAGGUGCUAUGGCUCCCUCCUAAUUAUCGUCCUGCGUCAUCGGCUGUUUUUAAAUCAACUGUGGCUGCCGGUUAUGAGUCAGGCCGCGUAAUAAUAAUGAGGUUUUCUGAGGACAGAGAUAGUUGGCAGUUCGACUAG